UAGAAAAAAAUGGGACAAAAGAUACAUCCACUAGCUUUUAGGCUUGGUAUUACGCAAAAAUAUAAAUCUGUAUGGUUUUAUGAAAAUAAAGAGUAUUCCGAUAUUCUAGAAGAGGAUCAUAAAAUUAGACAUUUUAUAGAAAAUAAGUUUAAAUUGAAUGGUAUUUCUAAGAUUUAUAUAUUUCGAAAAGCUAAUCAAAUUGAAAUAAAAAUAGAAUCUUCUAAACCCGGACUUGUAGUAGGAAGAUCAGGAAAUAAUCUUGAGUUGUUACGUAGGGAAAUGUAUAAAAUUGUGGCACCUACUGAAAAAAUUCGGAUUAGUGUCAUUGAAGUAAUGCAACCAGAUGCAGAUGCUUCAUUAAUUAGUGAAUUUGUUGUACAGCAAUUAGAAAAACGUAUUGCUUUUAGAAGGAUUAUGCGUCAAACCAUUAAUAAGGCUCAACGAACUAAUAUAAAAGGUAUAAAAAUACAAAUUUCUGGCAGGCUUAAUGGUGCAGAAAUUGCGCGCACGGAAUGGAUAAGGGAAGGAAGAGUUCCUUUACAAACGUUAAGGGCUAAUAUUGAUUAUGCAUAUAAGAAAGCUCAAACAAGCUAUGGGAUUUUAGGUGUAAAAUUUAUCAAAAUAAUUAUGCUUAUACCAAAAAAAACGAAAUUUCGGAAGCAACAUAGAGGACGCUUAAGUGGUAAAGCCUGUAGAGGUAAUACACUUAUUUUUGGAGAUUAUGGCAUACAAGCCUUAGAACCUGUAUGGUUAACUUCAAGACAGAUUGAAGCUACAAGAAGAACGCUUGUAAGAUAUAUACGUAAAACUGGCAAGUUAUGGAUUCGUGUUUUCCCAGAUAAACCAGUCACUUUUCGUGCUGCAGAAACUCGUAUGGGUGGAGGAAAAGGCUCUCCAGAAUAUUGGGUAUCUGUAAUUAAACCUGGGCAUGUCUUAUUCGAGUUAAAAGGAAUACCAAAAGAUUUAGCUAUUGAAGCUAUAAAAAAUGCUUCAUACAAAUUACCUAUUAAGACAAAGUUGAUCUCUAAUUUGUUAGAAGGAGAAUAAAAUGAGUUUUUCUAAAAUAGAAACAAUAAGAAAGCUAAGUAAAAAAGAUUUAGAUGAA